CCAGCAGGUCCAAGGGUCAGGCGGGCCCUCCUGCUUCUCCCUGCAGUGGCAGACACCAUGGCCCUCGGGGCCCGUGGCCUUCUGCUGCUCCUGGCGGUGCCCGGUGUGUCCCUCAGGGCUUUGGAGCCAGGUACGUCUCCCAUACGGGUGUGGGGUGGGUGCAGGCGAGGCCGGGCAGGAGAACCUCCAGGGGACCCUGUCGUUUCCCGGGGGGUCUCACCGGGGGCCAGGAGGCCACGGUUUGCCACGGCGGUUUCUGCUCACAUCUCUCAGUUGAGGGGGAGUCUUCCCACCACUGCAGUCACCUUGUACCUUGGGAGAUGCUUUGAGGCCAUGAAGACCAUCCUGCCCUCCUCAAACUUCCUCCUCACAGCGUCCUACCAAGGCACGGGUCCCCGCUGGGGGCUCUGCUGUGCGGGAGACUGCGGCGCCGCCCCUGCCCCAAAUACCUACAUGUCUCCAUCCAGCUUCCUGCUCCAUCCAGCCGAGUGCCACAUCCCAUCCUAACUCUCCAGCUCAGGCCGGCCCAGGCAUGGCCAGUGGCCCUCAAGCUGACUUCCUCUUAUUUCUCUUUACUUUACUGAGUGACGUUCACAGAGAUAAAGUUACAUCACCAAGGGUCCAAUGAAGAGGCCCCGGGGACCCUGGGCAGUGCCGUGUGCCCCCAACUCUGUCUAGCUUCAAACAUCUCCAUCACUCCUGAAGGAAACCCGGGGCCCGCUAGGCAGCCGCCCCCAGGAUCCUGGCCUUUCCGGGGGCAACCAUUCCCUGAUCCCCCCUUUAGCCUCCCAGGUGACCUCGGCAGCCCCGCCACCGCCUCUGGGGGCCCUGGUUAGUCUGUGGGGCGUGGUGCUUAGAAACUGCAGCCUGGGCACUGGGCACGCUCACUGCUCCUCGGGUGCCAUUUCUGCUGCACCCAUGAUGCUUCUGGGGAGAGUCGGGCAGAUGGGGGCACUGGAAAAGUCCCCAAGAAGGCAGGGAGCUGUGGUCAGGGAAGGCUUCCUGAAGGAAGGGCAGUGGGCUUCUUGGGACCCCCCACCAGCCACCCCUUCCUACUUUGGUUUAGGAUGUGGCCGGCAGCAGGUUUCGGAUGCAGGAGGCCGAAUCGUGGGAGGCCACGUGGCCCCAGCCGGCGCGUGGCCUUGGCAGGCUAGCCUCCGCCUGCGGAGGGUGCAUGUGUGUGGUGGGUCUCUGCUCAGCCCCCAGUGGGUGCUCACAGCUGCCCACUGCUUCUCUGGGUCCCUGAACGCAUCCGACUACCAGGUGCACCUGGGAGAGCUGAAGAUCACUCUGUCUUCCCAUUUCUCCACCGUGAGGCGGAUCAUCCUGCACUCCAGCCCCCCAGGACCGCCGGGGUCCAGUGGGGACAUCGCCCUGGUGCAGCUCAGCGUCCCUGUGACCCUCUCCAGCCGGAUCCUGCCCGUCUGCCUCCCGGAAGCCUCGGCUGACUUCUGCCCUGGGACCCAGUGCUGGGUGACUGGCUGGGGCUACACGCAGGAAGGAAAGCCUCUGCCACCCCCAUACAGCCUGCAGGAGGUGGAAGUCUCCGUGGUGGACAGAGAGACCUGCAGCCAGGACUACCCCAGCCCUGAAGGCAGUGCCCUUCAGCCCGACAUGCUGUGUGCUCGGGGCCCCGGGGAUGCCUGCCAGGUGAGCCCACCAGGCCCUGAUGGAGGAUGGGGGUGCCUGCAGCGCAGGAGGGGGCUCCCCAGUUGCUUGGCUCCCAAUCUUCUUCUCUGCCCUCAGGAUGACUCCGGAGGGCCUCUGGUCUGCCAGAUGAAUGGUUUCUGGCUGCAGGCUGGCAUUGUGAGCUGGGGUGAAGGCUGCGGCCGCCCCAACAGGCCAGGGGUCUACACCCUCGUCCCUGCCUAUGUGACCUGGAUCCGCCGCCACAUCCUGGCAUCAGAGGUCUCAGGGUCUGGGUACCCCAGGCUCCCCCUCCUGGCUGGCUUCUUCCUCCCGGGCCUCUUCCUUCUGCUGGUCUCCUGCAUCCUGCUGGCCAAAUGA